AUGUGCCAUCCUGACAAGCCUUUUACUUCUGAUAAGCUCCGAUGUGUGUUUAAUGAAUACAAAGCCGCGGUCUGGGUGCCGCGGCCGCGGCCGCUCUCCCGCGCUCCUUUGCCAGAAGAUCGUACUGAGAAGCUCUCCACAAUGCCAGACUCACCUGUGGAUGUGAAGACGCAAUCUCGGCUGACUCCGCCAACGAUGCCCCCUCCCCCAACCACCCAGGGAGCUCCAAGGACCAGUUCAUUUACGCCAACGACGCUAACUAAUGGCACGAGCCAUUCACCUACAGCCUUGAAUGGCGCCCCCUCACCGCCCAAUGGCUUUAGCAACGGGCCUUCCUCUUCUUCCUCCUCUUCUCUGGCUAAUCAACAGCUGCCCCCAGCCUGUGGCGCCAGGCAACUUAGCAAGCUGAAACGGUUCCUUACUACCCUACAGCAGUUUGGCAAUGACAUUUCACCAGAGAUAGGAGAAAGAGUCCGCACCCUCGUACUGGGACUGGUGAACUCCACUUUGACAAUUGAAGAAUUUCAUUCCAAACUGCAGGAAGCAACUAACUUCCCACUGCGACCUUUUGUCAUCCCAUUUUUGAAGGCCAACUUGCCCCUGCUGCAGCGUGAGCUCCUCCACUGCGCAAGACUGGCCAAACAGAACCCUGCCCAGUACCUCGCCCAGCAUGAACAGCUGCUUCUGGAUGCCAGCACCACCUCACCUGUUGACUCCUCAGAGCUGCUUCUCGAUGUGAACGAAAACGGGAAGAGGCGAACUCCAGACAGAACCAAAGAAAAUGGCUUUGACAGAGAGCCUUUGCACUCAGAACAUCCAAGCAAGCGACCAUGCACUAUUAGCCCAGGCCAGCGGUACAGUCCAAAUAACGGCUUAUCCUACCAGCCCAACGGCCUGCCUCACCCCACCCCACCUCCACCUCAGCAUUACCGUCUGGAUGAUAUGGCCAUUGCCCACCACUACAGGGACUCCUAUCGACACCCCAGCCACAGGGACCUCAGGGACAGAAACAGGCCUAUGGGGUUGCAUGGCACACGUCAAGAAGAAAUGAUUGAUCACAGACUAACAGACAGAGAAUGGGCAGAAGAAUGGAAACAUCUUGACCAUCUGUUAAACUGCAUAAUGGACAUGGUAGAAAAAACAAGGCGAUCUCUCACCGUACUAAGGCGAUGUCAGGAAGCCGACCGGGAGGAACUGAAUUACUGGAUCCGGCGGUACAGUGACGCCGAGGACUUAAAAAAAGGCGGCAGCAGUAGCAGCAGCCACUCCAGGCAGCAGAGUCCUGUCAACCCAGACCCAGUUGCAUUAGAUGCGCAUCGGGAAUUCCUUCACAGGCCUGCGUCUGGAUACGUGCCAGAGGAGAUCUGGAAGAAAGCUGAGGAGGCGGUCAACGAGGUGAAGCGCCAGGCGAUGACCGAGCUGCAGAAGGCUGUGUCCGAGGCGGAGCGCAAAGCCCACGACAUGAUCACGUCGGAGCGCGCCAAGAUGGAGCGCACGGUGGCCGAGGCCAAGCGGCAGGCCGCAGAGGACGCGCUAGCGGUCAUCAAUCAGCAGGAGGACUCCAGCGAGAGCUGCUGGAACUGUGGCCGUAAAGCGAGUGAGACCUGCAGUGGCUGUAACACAGCCCGAUACUGUGGCUCGUUUUGCCAGCACAAAGACUGGGAGAAGCACCACCACAUCUGUGGACAGACCCUGCAGGCGCAGCAGCAGGGGGACACGCCCGCGGUUAGCUCCUCUGUCACGCCCAACAGUGGGGCUGGAAGCCCGAUGGACACACCACCAGCAGCCACUCCGAGGUCAACUACCCCGGGGACCCCUUCCGCCAUAGAGACAACCCCUCGCUAGACGUGACCCCGGAACUGUCAGAGCAAAGACAACACAACCAACAUGAAACCAAGUCCUCAUCCUCAAAUGCUCAAAGUUGUUUUUUUUUUUUUUCUGUUUGUUUGUUUAUAGAUGAAUUAUCCUAUUUCAGUACUUCAGCAAGAGAGAACCUAACUGUAUCUUGAGGUGGUAGUAAAACAGAGGGCCAGUAACGGGUCGUAAUGACUUAUUGUGGAUAACAAAGAUAUCUUUUCUUUAGAGAACUGAAAAGAGAGCAGAGAAUAUAACAUGAAAUGAUAGAUUUGACCUCCUCCCUGUUAUUUUCAAGUAGCUGGGAUUUUAAACUAGAUGACCUCAUUAACCGAUGCUUUACCAAACAGCAAACCAAGAGAUUGCUAAUUGCUGUUGAAAGCAAAAAUGCUAAUAUUAAAAGUCACAAUGUUCUUUAUAUACAAUAAUGGAUAAAAAGAGGAAACCCCUCAAGGGCAUGAGCAUUGGAUACAGCAGUAGACAUUUUAACAAGAAGAUGAAUGGCGUCCGUGGGUUGCUAACUGAACUUUGAAGACCCGCUACAAAGCGCGCAGAUGUGCAGCAGAUUGGAAGGAGACACAGAUGUUCGUUUUUUUUCCUGUUUCUGAAAAGAAAUAAUAUCCAGGUCAACAGAAUGAAAAAUGAAAGAUGAUUUGCAGUGGGAUGUAUGAAUACAGCAGCAAGAAAA